CGUUCACCAUCUUUAGUAAUAAUAUUAUCUUAGCUUACUGAGUUUGUGAUGUCUCCUCCAGCGUUGAUUGUGUUUGAAGAUGGUCUAACCAACAAAUGGAGCAACGACGAAUGGCAGAGUCUCAGCGUUUCUCCCGGAGAAAACCCUAACCCUAGCUCUAACUUCAAUUUCUUGGCGAAGAAUGCAGCUCUCCAGGACCAGCUGACAGUUUCCCGCCCAUCUGUAAAAGAUGAAAGCUUCAGAAUAGUCUUACCUCUGGCGAUGUCUCCUCCAAGAGACACCGCCGUGCCGUUACCUGUUCUUCCCCAGCCGAUGAUGAAGCAACGGAAGAAGCUUGGCCACCAAGAAACCAUGUUUUCUGAAGAAGAAGAAGAAGAUUUCAAGUGCAGUGCCUUCUGUUUAUCUCUCCCUGGUUUUGGGAAGCAGAAACCUGUUAGGUCACCAAAAAGUGAGGAUUCUCCUAUAAAGAAGAAAACGAUCAAAGCGUCAUCGUUCUCAAACUCUGCUGUCUCGCUAAGUGCCUCGCUUGAGAAAUUCGAGUGUGGCUCAUGGGCUUCAACGAGUGCUCUGGCUCGAGAAAACGGUCGUUUGUACUUCGAUCUGCCGGUGGAGAUGAUCAAAUGUGGGAGCGGGGGCGGCGGAGAUGUGCAAGAGCCGGUGAGUUUAGGUUUCUUCUUCGACAAGGAAACAGGAAGUCCGGCUUUGAGAAGCGUUCUAAAGACUUCUUUGUCGGUAAGGCAACAAAGAGGUUCGGUUGAGAUGUCACCGCAACGCCGUGUUAGGUUUUCGACCACGUCCUCUGUUUCAUGCCCGACAUCACCAAGAUCGUGUAUCACCCCGCGGCUGCUUAAAGCUAGAGAUGACUUCAAUACGUUCUUAGCAGCACAGAACGCGUGAAAUAAAACAAAUAUUUUCGUAUUUACGAAUAUUAGGUGUGUCUAUUAGUAUAUAUCAAUAUAGAGCGAAUAUUUACGUUCUAUUUUGGUUUGAGUCUCUGCUUAACCAGAUUAUGAGCAUUCAGGAAAAUUAAUCUUUCAUCUUUCUUUUUUUUCAAACAAUAAUGCCUCUGUCCUGUUUGGUUCUGU